CAAUGUUCAAGUCAUCAGUUUGGAUUUUACCUAUAAAAUUUAUUAAGUCUCCUGACGAUGCCGCUCAAAGGUGACUCCCUUUUGGUUUACUUCUUUGGCGCGGCCUCCAUGGGUCUGGUGAUGAGCAUGAUCUGCGUGGUGGUGCCCCCAGUGCGUCUCUUUCUGGGGAAGAUCUACAAGGUCUAUGCGGACUACACGCCCAUUAUUUAUCCCAGGGAGGAUCGCCUGACACCCGUUUCCAAGCGCCGACUGAAUCUGGUGGCCAAGAAGACCCUGGUUCUGGACAUGGACGAGACCCUUAUGACAUCGUGGAUGAAGAGGCAUGGCCAAGACCCGAAGAAACAGCCCACUGUUCCACACGACUUUGAGUUCUUCUUGCCGGAGUACAACGCCACCGUCUUUGUCUACAAGCGACCCUACUUGGAUCACUUUCUGGACCGUGUAUCCAAGUGGUACGACCUGACUGUCUUCACGGCCGGAGUAGAGGCCUACGCCUGCCCGAUCCUGGACUUUUUGGACAGGGGACGGGGCAUCCUGACGAAGCGCCUGUACCGCCAGGACUGCAUAGAUGUGUUCGGUUUUAGGGCCAAGUACGUAACGCUGGCCUCCCCGGAUUUGUCCAAUGUCCUGCUCCUGGACAACUCAAGCACCGAGUGCAGUUUCAAUGCCGGAAACUCCAUUCACAUCAAGUCCUAUCGAAUCGGCAGUCGAGAUGAAGAGCUGAUCAAUUUGCUACCCUUUCUGGAUGCUUUGCGCUUCACCAAGGACGUACGAUCGGUGCUGCAGAGGUGCUCUCGCUUCUAGGGUUUCUAGUGAGAUCCCCCAAAAGUAUUUUAUUUUAUUUUUUGGUUUAUUUGUAUUUUUAUUUUGUUAAAUUUUAAAGCAUUGAA